AUGUCCGGGAAGGUUAUUAAGGAACCAAGAAUAAAAAGUAAGUUGAUUUGUACACCAUCUUGGACAAAUUCUAGCUGUGAUUGUGGUAAUACAUUACUGGAUAAUUUUUAA